GCCAUGGCUAGCCUUCCAAGCUCCAAAGAGCCACGACGCGCAUAUAAAGCUUGAGGGAGAGCAACAUCAACGGCUCACCAGCUGCCUCCCUACUCCCCAAGCUAUCAAGCUAGCUUGCUACCUUUCCCCGUUUCUUUCUGGCCGUGACAUGCACGGCUUGACAUAGACGACCCCCCACCCCAAACCCCCAGAUAUAAAGCAGCCUGCGCUAGCUGCAAGUGAGACACGCGGAUCCGAUUGCAUAGAGAUCCAGGUCCGAACGGGGUCCAAAUUUGAUCUAUGGUGCUGAGUGCUUGGGCCAUGGAGGGUGCGGGUCUCGGCGUUCGCUACUUCGAGUGGCUCAAGCCGCGGUCGCCGCCUUCCCCGACAUCGGAGUCCUGGAUGUCGUCGUCGUCACUCUCCACGCCGUCGAGGGAUCACCACCAGGAACUCGGUGACGGUGAAGAUCGAGGUACCAUGCUGUGUUUGCCACUCCUUGGCAGGCUCGGGGAGAAGACGAGUAGCCCUGACGCAGCUGGUACGCAGCCAAACCCUGUCAAAGAAGAGGAAAGCAGUAUUACGGAAGAUGCCGGCGUUGAUCUGAACAUCGGCUUGCCGGCGAGUGGAACUUAUAGUUCGGAAGAAGAGGCGCCGCCCAUGGAAAUGGACGAGGAUGAGGAGGAGACGGAGGAGGAAGAGGAGGAGAAGCCGUGGCAUGAGAGCUGCGAGCCGGAAGCAGGCGUCCAAGUAGAGCACAGUGAGAUAUUGGUGGAGUCAGUGGAGGAGAGCAGCCAUGGCGCCAGCGCCUCCUGCCGUGACCGGCGGUUCUGGAUCCCGACGCCCUCGCAGAUACUCAUCGGCGCGGUGCAGUUCGUCUGCCAUGUCUGCAGCAAGACCUUCAACAGAUACAACAACAUGCAGAUGCACAUGUGGGGCCACGGCAGGGAGUACCGGAAGGGCCCGGAGUCGCUCAAGGGCACGGCGGGCCAGUCGUCCCAAGCGGCGGCGCUGUCGCUGCUGCGGCUGCCGUGCUACUGCUGCGCGCCGGGCUGCCGGAACAACGUCGCCCACCCGCGGGCCCGGCCGCUCAAGGACUUCCGCACGCUGCAGACGCACUACCGGCGCAAGCACGGCGCCAAGCCCUUCGGGUGCCGCCGCUGCGCCAAGCCCUUCGCCGUCAAGGGCGACUGGCGCACGCACGAGAAGAACUGCGGAAAACGGUGGUUCUGCGCCUGCGGCUCCGACUUCAAGCACAAGCGGUCGCUAAACGACCACGCCCGCUCCUUCGGCGGUGGGCACUUCCCAGUCGACCCCGACGAGGCGGCGGCCGCCGCGUCCGCUGCCCCGGCGCCUCAUACGCAGCGCAGGGAGCGCAUCAUACGGUUCGAUCAGUGCCAUGCCGCCGCCGCCCGUGCGUGAACAUGACACAUUAGUUGACUCGGUUGGUAAAUUCUUGAUCGUUAGCUAGUCCGCUUACUUGCGGUGGUUGGUAUAUACACACGAAUAGAACGUGGGAGCAGGAAAUUAUACGACACAAUAAGAUCGUGUAGGUUGCCGUAUGCCGUGUAGAAGAUAGGCUGUGAAGUAGACUAAUUUUCUUCUUGAGAGGAGCUGCAGAGAGCAAGAGGCUGGUAGGUAUAAGGUUAGCAUAUGUCGUCUCUGUAGCCUCGUAGUUUGAAGGGAGAAAAUUUGUCUCCUUCACAGGCCAAUAUUCUGGCAGAUCGAUAUGUAUCAAUGUACUGUAUCAUGCAUGCAUGAGUUCAGAUUUAUCGGAUUAAAAGACAUGGACUACUCAAUCA